AUGUCUGAAGAACAAGCAGCUCACCACUUACUGAAUGUCUUGGAAGAAAGGGGGCUCGAUGUCGACCUCGACAAGAUACUCCUGGGCUUCGAAGACGAGGAAACAAAAGGGGAAGCCGCAGCAUGGGUACACGAAUACCUGAAUGAGGAGACACUGUUGACAAAAGAGGAACUGGAGCUAUAUCAGACUCUGAAGCGCAAAGGGCUCUCGCAUCAAUAUGAGAGCGAAGGAGAGCCCAGCCGUCCCAUUCUGGAUCACGAGAUUGCAGCGGCCAUUGAGUCUCUACAGAGCUCGACUACUGCGAUCGAAGAGCAGUGCAGAGUGCUUGAGAUGCAGCGAGCUGCACUCAUGAAGUUGAAGGCGCUCGACAAGCCAAAUCUAGACAUUGAGCAUGCGCGCAACGAACGGAGAAGAAAAGAGGGGCAAGAGAAAGCACGGCUGGAUGUUGCGAUUGACGACGUCUCGACUGCCAUCACCGAGCAGUUGGCAGAUGCACGGCGAGAAAUCGAUUCGGAAAAGUCAGCACUCAAGAGCUACGUUGCCGAGCGUCUGUCAUCUGACGAUCAAAUCCUGAGCCGGCUGCCAAAUAUCGUCUCGACAAUCGUGACCGAGCCCGAGUUUAGCGAAGACGAGAAGUCUAUGGAGCAGUGGUGCAAAGCCAUCAUCGCGUUCCGGACAGCUGAGAUCAAAGCCCGAGUCGACGCGGUGUACCUGAACAGCUUGUCUGAGAAGACAAAUGGUCAUUUGGCAAGUGGGUCUGUGGCUGAGCUUCAGCAACUCAAGGACGCGCUGCAAGCUGAAAUGGAGGAGCUGCAUGCUGAAGUUGCCUCGAUUGCAGAGAUGGUCGUUGAGCAUGAGCUGCGCAAGCCAAUGCUCAACGUCAAACAACGUAAGGAGAAGGAUCGGACGCUGGCAAGAACAGCCUGGUUAAACUAUGUUCUCUCUACGCUGGACUACAUGGGCAAGCGCCUCGACAUUGUCCGUGCUUCUUCUACGGACGUGGACGAGUUCCGUCAGGCCAUAGCACAUGUCGAGGAAGCAGCCUCGAAACGCAUGCCAGACGUACAUGCCCCGCGUCCAACACCGGUGAAGAGGCGAACAUCGUCGGUGCCUCUCUCGGCCUUUACGCCGAUGACAAAACUCAAGCCAACGACUCCUCUGGGGCUUCCUGCAGCACUUCAAGACGCGCUUCGUUACGCUGGAGUCUCUUUCCACCAGGACACCUUGGAAGGACUCCAGGACACGCUUGUUCGCACACGCGCUGAGCGAGAGAAGAAGGGCCAAGACCACUUCCAAGCUACAGCUACAGCAACGCACGAACAAGUCGCUGAGCGCUCAAGCAGAGCUGACGGCGAUGUCAGGAUCAUCAUGGACGCUCUGUACGCGCACACGCCGUUCCAGCAGGUCAGCUUGACCAACCCCAAGCUGGAGGCGCAAUUAAAGGCCAUGGGGCGAGAGCUCGAUGACAAGGACCGAGAACUGCUAGACGCAGAGGGCAACGAGCUCAGCCUGAGCGAUCCCAGGGUCAGGGCGUUCGUCGCAAAGUACGGCAGACAGGGGAGAUGA